AUGAGGAGCUCUUUUGAUCCUAGCGUGGAUUUGGAUCGUCCAAGCUUCGACUUGGAUCGUCCCAGCUUUGAAUUGGGUCGCCAGAGCUUUUCUACGGCGAGGAACUGGGAGAUUUUCGACACUCCGAGUCCUCCGCGAAGAUCUUGCGUGUGUUCUUCGUCCUCGGCUUCGCUGUCCGGCGCUCGAUCGGCUCCUCGGCUCUCCAUCACUACUCCUCUUUCGGAGCGGCAAGGAGGCAAGUUCUUUAGCUUCUCGGCGUGCUCCACGCCGGCUAGCAACUAUGUGUUUCGGUGCUUGGGCUCCGGAGAAGUGGGAGCUCCGCGGAGGAUUUUGAUCGUGGUGGACGCGAGCAAAGAUGUGACCACUGAGUCACUCGAGUGGACGCUCACACACAUUGCUCAGCCGGGGGACUUCGUCACCAUCCUGGGACUCUUGCCAUGGCUUACACUUCCAAUGGCCGUGAAGCGAUGGGCCAAGCUCAAAAAGAUCGAUGAGAGUCCCAGUCGCUUUGAGUCUCCGGAGUUUGUGAGGAUACAAGAACUUUAUGCAACCAAAGGGGUGUUCUUGGGGAUCCAAAUUCUUUCGGGCUUUCCUAGAAGAGAUAUCGCUGUGGACAUGGCAAGGCGAAUCGAUGCAAGAUGGAUAAUCUUCUACAAGUGGAUGUGUGGUAGCUCCAAUUAUAUUAUAAAGAGACUGGGCAAGAAGAGGAACAUUGUGUACCUGACCAGCAAAAGCGAGGGAAUUGUGCUCUUUGCCUCUAAGCCCGCGAUAAUCAGUAUCCACGAAGCACCCGGAUUCAGUAAUAGCCCUUCAAAUCAAAAUCCUGUGAAGGUUGAGCUCAACUUUGGAGCAAGGCGAAUGAAGCUAUCCCAAUGGAUGAACGCAAUCAAAUUAUAAUUAUCAGCUUAUGAUUCAUAAAU